CCUCAAUACUCUCGGAGAAACCUAAGUCCAAACCAAAAACACCCACACACCAAGAGGUCGUGGAACAGAUUGGAACCAGAAACCUUCCUGCAUUUGUUAAGUUCAAAAGCCGGUUAUACUUUUAAGUUUUAAGGUGAAAGGCGAUGACGACGAUGACCGGCGGCGACAAUCGCGUGAAGGGUUCUUGGAGUCCUCAGGAGGAUGCGACGUUGCUGAAACUGGUGAAUGAGCACGGGGCACGCAACUGGUCCGUCAUAAGCGCCGGCAUUCCCGGCCGCUCCGGCAAGUCGUGUCGUCUGCGGUGGUGCAACCAGCUGAGUCCGGAAGUGCAACACCGUCCGUUCACUCCGGCGGAAGACAAGAUGAUCAUUAAGGCGCACGCCAUUCACGGAAACAAGUGGGCCACCAUCUCACGCCUCCUUCCCGGCCGCACCGACAACGCCAUCAAGAAUCACUGGAACUCCACCCUCCGCCGCCGUCGCACGGCGGAGCAAUCCUCCUCCUCGUCGGCGUCUCCGCCGGCCAAACGACCCUCAUCCUUGUUUGACACGCUUCACCCUCUAAAAAAGCAGUGCAUUGAAAAGGAAAAUGAGGAAGAGAGUCCCGUUACGACGUCGUUGAGCCUUUUCCCUCCUGGGGAAAAAUCAGAGGAAGAAGAAGAGGAGGAGGAGAAAGAAGAGUUUGCUAAUCAAAAGGUUUCGGAUCAGAAUUACUUUAUGCAGAUGAUGCAGCGGAUGAUAGCGGAAGAAGUUAGGAAUUACAUGGAGACUUUGCGCAAUUGCUCCCUUGAGCCUGGGUUAGAUCUUCUUUCUCCGACGCUUCCAAAAUGACUGUGACAACCUCGUCGACAACAACCACCAACCACCACAAGCCACCUUCCUAGCCCGUGUGGAUUUGAAAGGUAGGAGAUACAGCGACACAUGUUGGAGGGCGGAGAGGCCCAAGUCGAAGACCUUGAGGUCACAGUGAGCGACACCAUGGUAGUGGCAAAAGCAAAGCACGGAUGAGCUACACAAUGUAGUGGCAUAAGACGAAAUGAAGAUGGAGCCAAGGGAGGAUUGAAGAGAGACCAAGAACAGGAAAAAAAAACUUAUAUUUUAUUAUAAUUUUUAGUCGUUAGUAUCUUUAUUUUAUUAAUGAUAUGUAUAAGGAUUAUUUUAAAGUUUGAAUUAUUUAACAAAGA